AUGGACAGGGAGGCGUACCGUAACUGCAGCAGCCUGGUCAAAAUACCCAGGCAGACGUAUGAGCAAUUUUGGUCUUCACAUUUUUUAGAUUACAUCGACAAGGAGCUCAGCUAUUCGAAGUUUUUCAAGAAAUACUUGCUACCCAACCACCCAUGCAUGUUUUCAAGAAGGUUCACAGAGGACUGGAAGUGUAGAAAACAGUGGGUGACUGAGGAGGGGAAACCUAAUUUCCAGAAAUUGCUGCAGGAGUUUGAUGAGACUCCUGUUCCUGUGGCAAACUGCAAUGCAAAGGAAUACAAUGCCAACCCCAAGCAAGUUAUGCCUUUUAAAGAAUUUAUACACUACUGGAAGGAAUACAUCCAGAAUGGACACUCAUCACCCAAAGGAUGCCUCUAUCUUAAAGACUGGCACAUGUCAAGGGACUUUCCAGAACAUAAUGUUUACACCACACCAGUCUACUUUUCUUCUGACUGGCUGAAUGAAUACUGGGAUACACUUGAAGUGGACGACUACCGGUUUGUCUACAUGGGACCGAAAGGCUCAUGGACCCCGUUCCAUGCUGACGUGUUCCGUUCCUACAGCUGGUCUGCAAACAUCUGUGGCCGAAAGAAGUGGCUCCUGUAUCCUCCAGGUCAGGAGGACUUUUUACGAGACACUCAUGGCAACCUCCCAUAUGAUGUUACAUCAGCUGAACUAAAAGACAGAGGCCUCUUUCCACACUAUGAAGAAGCCUGUCAGCCUCUUGAAAUUAUCCAAGAAGCUGGUGAAAUCAUUUUCGUGCCCAGUGGCUGGCAUCAUCAAGUUUAUAAUCUGGAGGACACCAUCUCUAUUAAUCAUAAUUGGCUGAAUGGUUGCAACAUUGACAUCAUGUGGCAGUUCCUUCAGAAUGAGCUGUCAUCUGUUCAAAAAGAAAUAGACGAAUGGAGAAACACAAUGGAUUCAUGGCACCAGCAUUGCCAGGUCAUCAUGAAGGCCUGCUCUGGUAUAGACUAUGGGGAAUUUGCCUCGUUCCUAAAAAUCAUCGCUGACAACCGAAUGACUUUCCUGAAUGCUUGUUCCUCUGGGGAUUCCUCCGAGUACUCACGACAUCUCUCAGAGACCCUCACCACGCUUGGACCUUACCAUGCUGCCUUUGACCUGCAAAGAGUGGCUCACAUAAUUGAAUGCCUCCUGUGCAAUGAAGACUUUAAGCGGCUCGAUCAUUCAACAUUGACUUUGCAGCCAGAAACCAUGUUACAGCAAAUUCGAGACACCAUUCAAUCCACAAGAGGGCAGCAUCUCCUUUACCAGGAAUAAUGUGUUCAAUGUGUUCUGCCUCUCAACCGUAAUAUUCGCCUGGAAAUAGCUUGAAUGAAAAGUGCCAAUUUGUGAGGUGAUGACAAAGAUGUUAUUGCAAUCUCAAAUGUUGCUUAUGAAUGUCUGGAAAUAGUUUUUGCACUGAAAGAUAAAAUGGAAAAAUAAAAUACAAAAAAAACA